GGAAAAGGUUGCAACACGGCCAACACCCAGCAGGCAGGGCUCGUAGCCUUGUAGAGAGUUGCACCUGUACCUGGCUAGAAUCCGGCAUUUCAUCUUUGCAAAAGCGUAGCAAGAGUUAAGCAGUUCAGUGUUUCAGUUCCUAAAGUCGCCAAUAUUUUUCGAAGAUUUCAUCCGAAAAUUGCAAGGUCAGUAAUCUUCAAAUUACUAAUUUGAAAUUAUUAUCCUGUGAAUUAAAAGUACUCUUAUUACUUAUCCCUUACCGAAGUUGUGAUUGUGAUAUUGGAUUUGUGAAUUUAAUUGGUUACCUAGUGAAUUUAGUCAUGUGUGUGGUUCGUAAUAUACUACGUAAUUUAAUCAGGUACCAAUGAUUUUGCUCAUUCCCAAUUGUAUGAUAUACUACGUAAUAUUUUGUAUUUUAAUACGACCUGUAUGGUUUUAUUGAAUUGCUGUCAGAUGAGAAAAAAUCGCAAGGUGAAAAGCAAUUCCAACUCCAAGCUAAUAAAAUCACGGAAGAAGAAGUUGGAAAAGCUCAAGUUUUUUUGUUUUGUUUUUGCAAUUGGCAGUUCUAAAGUUUCUCUCAAUAAGUCAUUACUUUUCCAAGUAUUAUUUGUUUCCAUCAAAAUAUGUGGGACGUUCGUUUAUCAGUUAAUUGUUUCACUCUCACUCAGGAGGACAAGGAGAAAGCUAUCCUUUUAUCUAAAAGCAUGGAGACCUUGGCGAAAUAUAGGAUUGGGGAUGAUGCAUAUUCACUUUUGAGGUCUUCAAGAAACUUGGGCCAGGUUGAAACUAAUCAGGAUAAGAGAAGAAGAGAAGUUCAAUAUUCUAAAGCAGGACUAGAAGUGCCAAGUGGCGAUCGACCCUUUAAGAAGAAUAAGAACAAUAAUGCUAAUAGCAUUUUAAGUGAUGCUGAACAAGAAUAUGGUGAAACUCAAUCAACUUCUCCUGUCAUCAAUGACUAUAUAUUGCGCGCACCAGUAAGCAAAGGAGAUACAUUGCAUGAGGCAUCUUCUUGUCUAGGAACCUCUAAACCUUAUGUUUCCGAUGGAGGUUCUUCAACAACAGUUAGGCAUGCAACAACAGAUGAAUAUAAUGAGCCCUCAAGGACUGAAUCUCUGCGAUACCCACCGUCCACCCCAAGUUGCGUUGAUGAUGGAAGGGCAGGAUUAAAGCUUGAAACUGAUAGAAAACAGAAUGCUAACCUCACUGCCUGUCCACCCCAAAGGUCUUUAAUUGCCCCGACUGUAGUGCAUGUUUUUAGACCAAAAGAGGUUGAAGACAAAAGGAAAAACCUUCCAAUAGUCAUGAUGGAGCAGGAGAUAAUGGAGGCCAUAAAUGAUAACACUUGUGUAAUUAUUUGUGGUGAGACUGGCUGUGGCAAGACUACCCAGGUUCCACAGUUCCUUUAUGAAGCUGGAUUUGGAUUGCAUUCUAGAAGAGGUGGGAUUAUUGGUGUAACCCAGCCCCGUCGGGUUGCUGUACUUGCAACUGCCAAACGGGUGGCCUUUGAGCUUGGUUUUCAUCUAGGCAAAGAGGUUGGCUUUCAAGUCCGGCAUGACAGGAAGGUGGGGAAUAAUUGCUCAAUCAAGUUCAUGACGGAUGGAAUUUUGCUGCGAGAAGUGCAGAAUGAUUUUCUAUUAAGACGUUACUCAGUCAUAAUCUUGGAUGAAGCUCAUGAGAGAAGCUUGAACACAGAUAUACUUGUCGGGAUGCUCUCACGUGUAAUAAGAGAGCGCCAGAGAGAAUUUUUGGAGCAGCAGAAGAAAAUACUAUCAGGAAAUACUAUAAGCGACGAAGAAAAGAUAUACCCUUUGAAACUUGUGCUGAUGAGUGCUACGCUUCGGGUUGAGGACUUUGUGGCUGGGGGAAGAGUUUUUCCCGAUCCUCCACCCAUAAUAGAAGUCCCGACCCGUCAAUACCCAGUCACAACACACUUCUCCAAGAGAACUGAGAUUGUAGAUUAUGUUGGUCAAGCUUACAAAAAAGUAUUGUCUAUCCAUAAGAGACUUCCUGCCGGGGGCAUACUCAUCUUUGUAACCGGACAGCGGGAGGUGGAGUUCUUGUGCAAGAAGCUAAAGCACGCUUCUAAGGACAUGACUGAGAAAAAAAAACUUCAAAGAAAAAGACCAGUCACUGUCUUCGGUGACACCUUCUGAGGAUAAAGAUAUGAAGGAGGUAAGUGAGGCAUUUGAGGUAAAUGAAAACACAAAGCUUGAAAUAACUGAACGGUUUAGUUCUUAUGAUGAGGAACAUCUGGAUACCUAUGAGGAUGAUUGCGACAUUUCCUAUGAUUCAGAGGAUGAUAGUGAUCUGGAAGUUUCUUCUGAUGAGGACGAACAAUCGAAUCGACAUUUAUUGGAGUCUGAUGAAACCCUUGAUUCACUAAAGGCUGCUUUUGAAUCUUUGUCUGGAAAGAAACCCAUACUGUCAAACACUGAGAGGAAAUCAAAUGCGCCGAGUAUUCCUCCAUGUGUGGGUCCCAUGUGUGUCCUGCCCCUUUACGCAAUGCUUCCUGCAACCGCUCAGCUUCGUGUCUUUGAAGAGGUAAAGGAAGGAGAGCGUCUUGUUGUUGUUGCUACGAAUGUGGCCGAAACCUCUUUGACUAUUCCCGGAAUAAAAUAUGUUGUUGACACGGGCAGAGAAAAAGUGAAGAAGUACAACUCCUCAAAUGGGAUGGAAACGUAUGAAGUGCAAUGGAUAAGUAAAGCUUCGGCUGCCCAGCGUGCCGGUAGGGAAGGAAGGACUGGACCCGGUCAUUGCUAUCGCCUUUAUUCUUCUGCGGUCUUUAAUGACAUAUUGCCUUCCUUCUCAGAUGCUGAAAUAUUGAAAGUGCCUGUUGAUGGUGUUGUGCUCCUCAUGAAAUCUAUGCACAUUGGCAAGGUUGCAAAUUUCCCUUUCCCAACCCCUCCUGAAACAGCUGCCUUAACUGAAGCAGAGCGCUGCUUAAAAGUUCUAGAAGCGCUUGACGUGAACGGGAGGUUGACGCCUCUUGGUAAGGUCAUGGCACAGUGUCCGAUGAGUCCACGUCACUCCCGUAUGCUCCUCACAGUCAUUCAGAUGAUGCAAAGAGUUGAAGAAUAUGAACGGGCAAACACCGUCUUGGCUUAUGCCGUUGCAUCAGCUGCAGCUUUGAGCUUAUCAAAUCCUUUUCUAAUGCAGUUCGAACAACCCCAGAGUGAUCAAGGUGAGAGAACUGAUGAGAAGGAAGAAAAAAGAGGAAAAAGAAGUUGAAAGAAACCGUUAGAGUCUCUAGGGCAAAGUUCUUAAACCCCACUAGUGAUGUGUUGACCAUAGCUAAAGUGUUGCAGUGUUUUGAACUGUCUGGUAAUCCAGUGGCGUUCUGUAUUGAAAAUGGAUUACACCUAAAGACCAUGGAAGAAAUGUCCAAGCUCAGGAAGCAACUUCUUCACGUCGUCUUUAACUCAAAGGUAUCCGGAUUCCAAAUGGACCCAAAGUGUGACGGACAGAAUGGCUUCUCAUGGUGCCAUGGGACGAUUGAGGAUGUAGAAGCUUCAUGGAAGGCUUUCUUGGAUAAGCAUAAUUGUCUCCACCUGAAUGAAGAGGAGAUAAUUGGGCAAGCUAUCUUUGCGGUUUGGGCUGAUCGGGUAGCCAAACGGAUCAAACGAAUUUCAGGACUGUCUGAAGAAGACAUGAAAGCAACCUCAGUUCGUUACCAAGCUUGCAUGGUGAAAGAAACGGUAUUCCUCCACCGUUGGUCAACUGUUUCAAAAUCCGCACCCGAAUUUCUAGUGUACAGUGAACUUCUGCAUUCUAAAAGGCCAUAUAUUCAUGGAGCAACAAGUGCAAGAGCAAACUGGCUUGUUAAAUACGGUCAGUCCAUGUGCAGUUUUUCAGCCCCGCUUUCUGACCCGGAACCGUACUACGACCCUUUGACCGACCGGGUUUUAUGCUGGGUUAUUCCUACUUUUGGGCCUCACCUUUGGAAACUCCCACUGCAUUCUCUGCCCAUCAAAGAUAAUACGAAACGAGUUUCAGUUUUUGCCUAUGCAUUGCUUAAAGGUCAAGUCUUGCCAUGUUUGAAGCCCCUGAGGAAAUUUAUGGCGGCCACACUGGGUACCAUUUUGAGACCGGAAGCAUUGGGAGUGAAACGGGUCGGGAAUCUCUUGAAUAGAUUGAAGAGUACUAGGGUGGGAAGUAUUGACGGUUGGGUUAUGCUUAAGAAAUUGUGGGAGAAUAACCCCAGGGAGUUGUUUCCAGAAAUAAUGGAUUGGUUUCAGGAAAGGUUUCAUGACCAGUUUGAAGCUCUUUGGGAACAGAUGCUUGUAGAAAUUCAUUUGGAUCCAAAGCAACGUUUGUCCAAGAAGGUCAAGAGAAGCAGAAAUGGGGGCCGCGUAAAAUCCUAAGCUUUGCUUGCCUCUGGUUACAGACCAGGGGCGGAGCCAGGACAUGGGCCAGACUGGGCCGGUACAAAGAAUAUUUUUGAAAAUUUUUUACACGGGAUUUUUUACACUAAAAAUAAAGACAUUUUUAAAAUUUGGGCUGGGCCAGGUCUGGCCCACCCUCAGCUACGCCCCUGUUACAGACGGAGCCACACUAGUGGGGUAAGGGGGUCCCACCCCCACCCCAAGUUUUGAAAUUUAUUAAGGGUAUUUUAGUAAUUAUAAAAUUAUUAACAUGAAAAUAUUAGUGAAUCCCAUUUCAGCAGAAGCUUUUUUGGUUGGGGUACCCUUUUCCUGUAACUUCCUGUAACCAUUUAUAUUCAGUGCAAAAUAUAGUUUCCUUUCAUGUUUCAAGUUCAAUGCGUUUGUGUAAACUCUCAUUGUAGUUUUUGCUUCAAAGUAUUUACGUAAUUAGCAAA